AUGGCUGUGGUGAAAGAAUGCAUCCGAGCGCUUGAGGAUUCGCCACUUACUAACGCGGGAAUCGGAUCGCAAGUGAAUCGGGACUGUAAAGUAGAAUGUGAUGCGUCAAUCGUAGACGGAUACACGCAAAACGGAGCUUCGGUUUGCGCCGUGCCCGAUGCAUCGAACGCUAUCGACAUCGCGCACUUGCUCACCAUCAGAGGCGGGCCAGCUUGUCUGGCGGGUGAGGGAGCUCUCCGGUGGUUCAUCGGCAACGGGGGCGAGAACGCUCGGAGGGAUCUCAUCACAGAGAGUCAAAGGAAGAUGUUCGCAAAACGCUCGGCAUUGCUCGGAGGGCGAAAUACAAAGUCUCCUGACCCGGAUGAAGAAGUUGCUUUCGACACUGUCGGUGCUGUCGUUUUGCUGGGAGGGAUGAUCAGCGCCGGAGUUUCUAGCGGAGGAACUUUCCUCAAGUACCCGGGACGGGUCGGUCAGGCUGGAGUCUACGGUGCGGGAUGCUGGGCGAACCAUAGCGUCGGGAUCUCGACAUCAGGCACCGGGGAGCAUCUCAUACGAACCCUGUUAGCGAGUCGCUGCGUGGACGCAUUGGGGAUACCGUCGACGACGUAUGAUGAUACUCGAAACUCUACGCCACCAGUGAUGCGUCUUCAAACGUUUCUGGAGAGGAAUUUCGUCUCGAGCCCGCUCGUUUCCGGGGAAGCGAAUCCCUACGGAGCUGCCGCUGGAAUAAUCGGUAUCGUUUACGAUGAAGCUUCACAGAGCUGCGACUUCGUAUGGGCGCACACAAGUGCUAAUUUUAUGCUCGCGUAUUCGAGCGGGAAAAGCGAUAGAGUUCACGUGAAGAUCUGCUCGCAGCCGGAAAUUGAAGACAUCGAGAAGGUGAAGGUUUACGCGAGCGGGAAGACCGUCCGACUCCGGCGAGGAGGGAACACGCCGAAAGAGCCUAAUGAAUGUGCCGAGAACUGA